AUGUUUUUGUUAGUUUUAUGCCUUGGCAUAUUCAGGACAUUUAAUGUAAAAGAAGAGGUCGAAUAUGGAAACAACCAGGAAACAAUGUCAAAACUAAACUCAAAUUCGAUUCCUCAAAAUUUAAAAAAGAUUCAACAUUUACCUUUAGAAGAUACAAAUAAAAACCAACCAAAUAGUAGCAGUGCAUUACAGACUCCAGAACCAUCAACAGAUUCCAAUUCUGAAACAAAUUCAACGAAAAUCGAAACUAACACUCAACAAAAUACAAAUACAACUUCAACGGAAGACGCAGGAGACCACAAUCAGUCAUCUUCAACAUCAUCUACACAAUCAACAAACCAAUCACCAUCUACAAAUGCAACUAAAACUCCAGCUCCAACACCAUCCGCAACUACACCAAAGCCUUCACCGGCACCAACAGAAACACCAACAGCAACUCCAACAGCUAAUUCAACAGCAUCUCCAAUAGAAACGCCAACAGCAACUCCAACUUCUACACCUACAACAACUAAUUCAACAGCUGCUCCAACAGAAACACCAACAGCAACUCCAACAGCUAAUUCAACAGCUGCUCCAAUAGAAACACCAACAGCAACUCCAACAGCUAAUUCAACAGCAACUCCAACUUCUACACCUACAACAACUAAUUCAACAGCUGCUCCAACAGAAACACCAACAGCAACUCCAACAACUAAUUCAACAGCUGCUCCAACUUCUACACCUACAACAACUAAUUCAACAGCAUCUCCAAUAGAAACACCAACAGCAACUCCAACAGCUAAUUCAACAGCAUCUCCAAUAGAAACGCCAACAGCAACUCCAACUUCUACACCUACAACAACUAAUUCAACAGCUGCUCCAACAGAAACACCAACAGCAACUCCAACAGCUAAUUCAACAGCAACUCCAACUUCUACACCUACAACAACUAAUUCAACAGCAUCUCCAAUAGAAACACCAACAGCAACUCCAACUUCUACACCUACAACAACUAAUUCAAUAGCUGCUCCAACAGAAACACCAACAGCAACUCCAACUUCUACACCUACAACAACUAAUUCAACAGAGACACCAUCAGAGAUACCAUCAGCAACUCCAACAGCAACACCAUCAGAAUCAAAGUCAGAUAAUGAACCAAAGAUUCCAGACAUUGAACCACCAGAAGAAGAUGAAUCAGGAAAUACAGAACAAUCAUCUGAUUCAAGUGGAAAUGGAAAGACAGUUGUUGUUACAACAGCAUUCAGCAAAUAUAUUUUAGCACUUGUUAUUAGCGUUAUUGUUAUUGUUGCUCUCUACGCAGGAAUCAAGUACUACUUCAGGAACCCACCACAGACACAGAUUGAAUUGACUGAUGAAGAUGCUGACCCACUUUUGAUCCCUGAGGAAUUCGUUUAA